AAUGUCAAAUCGAAAAUAAUUAUCGACGACCGCGUGUUGUUAGAUUUGGAAGUGAAACUCGUGCGCUUUUGAUUUUAUAAAUUAUUAUCGGUUUUUGUAGAUUGAAUAAUAUUUCAUCUCGUACAUUAAAGCGGACACACAAUGAAGUUGAAAACUGAAAAUAAAAAAGUCAAGAACAAGGCAGCAAAACUAAAAAACAAGGCCACCAAAAAGCGGAAGCUGGAGGAAUUGGAUGCCUCAUCUGACGACGAAGGAAUUCUGCUAAAAGAUAUCAGGCGGUCGGAUGAACCGGUACCUAAAAAGACAAAAUGGGUCAACAAGCAGCGCGUGUUGGUCCUGUGUGCCAGGGGGAUCAACCAUCGCGAUCGCCAUUUGAUGAAGGAUUUGAAAACGCUGAUGCCCCAUCACCGGUCAGCCAAAAUGGAACGCUGGAAGACGUUGUCGGUGGUUAACGAAAUGAGCGAGAUGAAACACUGCAACAAGGUGGUGCUGUUCGAGGGACGACGCAAGCGGGAUCUGUACAUGUGGUUGGCCAACGUAGGAAAAGGGCCGUCGGUUAAGUUUCUGAUAGAAAACAUCAACACCAUGGGCGAGAUGAAACUGACCGGGAAUUGUCUACGGGGCUCCCGCCCAAUUCUGUCUUUCGAUCAGGAAUUUUCCAAGCAACCCCAUCUGGCGGUUAUCAAAGAAUUGCUGACGCAGAUUUUCGGUGUCCCGAAUCACCACCCGAAGAGCCAGCCGUUUGUGGAUCGUGUGAUCAGCUUCACUCAUUUAGACAAUCGCAUAUGGUACAGACACUUCCAGAUUCUGUCGGAAGAUGGCGGUCUAGCUGAGGUAGGACCUCGGUUUGUAAUGAAUCCUAUCAAAAUCUUUGAGGGAUCCUUCAGUGGCGAUGCGAUUUGGGAGAACUCUAGCUAUCAGAGUCCUGCUAAGCAUCGACAGCUGCUGAAGAAGGCAGCCAACGAAAAGUAUCUACACAAACAGAAGCAGAAGAUUGAUAAGGAAGUCAAUGCCCCGAAGGUUACGCAUGAUUUCGAUAAAUUCGCCGACGUGUUCCAGGGCGCCGAAGAGGAGAAGGCUAAGGAACUGCUGGAGCAGGAAGAACAAGAGGAAGCGAUAGAGGCAGACCGAAAAGCCAUCGAGGAGCAACACAAGCGCAUGAAGAAGAAGGACGAGAUGAAGAAACUGAAACAGCUGGCCAAGGAUAAGAAGUUUCGAAAAGUUGUUGCUAACGGAAAGAAGAAAAAGCAAAAGUUGUCUCUGAAAGCUAAGAAGAAGGGUAAGAGCAAGACCGCCGCAGAGGAUAGUGAUUGAAGAAUGUGUUUUGAUUAGAAAGUGAAUCAUGUAUCUAUAAAACAGAGAUAUAAUUAAUACAGAUUAAAUAUUUCGCAAA